GAGGUAUGAGUCACGCAACUUAUACAUAAAGUCUGUGGCAUGUGCAAGGAAGAGCAUGGAAUAUUCUUUUAGCACCUGCACUUAAUACCUAGGAGGGUCGGCCAUUUACUGAAGAAACAAUCUCAAAGGUUAUAUUUUCCUGUCUGCAUUGGUUUUAAAAAAAACAGUUCGGCACAAACCAGUGAGAGCACCAGAGAAUCUUUUGCGGCCGUAUCAUCGGGUGGCCAUUUAACUCCACGAUGACCUCAGGAGCCAGGUUUAGGGCUGGGUCAGGGUCUUCUGGGUUGGUCAGUCUUCUUGGAGACGACGCAAGAGAAGGAGCUGGCACUGUGACCAUUUCUACGGUGACCAAAACCUACACUACGGAAGGAUCCGGGCAAGCCAACAGAAGCUUGUCCUCUGCUUUGGCCUAUUCUCCUGUUUUGAAGGACAGGAAGAUCCUGACCACUUCGUCAGCGGCUCACAAUGAGGUUUUUGAAGAGAGCUCAAGUACAGACUCGUCUCCGGUGUAUUCCCGGAAGGAGUAUGGCUCCGCAAAGGCGACUUCAGGUUCUGCCACAAGAGGGCGAAUUCCCAGCCGAGAGAGUGAGAUCAGAACCAGGCUCCAGAGUGCAUCUCCUUCAGCAGGCUGGACCGAGCUGGGUGAUGUGAAACGUUUGCUGAAAGGAAGUACGUCGGAAAGCGGCGGCGCUUUUCAGUCCACUAACAACUCGCUGCCCAUCCCCAAGAAGGCCACCGUGGAAACCAGGAUCAUAUCCGAGACCACCAGCGCCAUUCAGUCUGCUAACAACUCCUUCCCCGUUCCCAAGAAGACCAGUUUUGAAACAACGACCAUGUCUGAGAGCACCGGCGCUAUUCAGUCUUCUAUCAACUCGCUUCUCGUUCCCAAGAACGCCAGCAUAGAAACCAGGACCAUGUCUGGGAGCACCAGCACCAUUCAGUCUCCUAACAACUCUUUUCUAAUUCCAAAGAAGGUCACUUUGGAAACAAGAAACAUGCCUGAGAGCACCGGCAGUAUUCUGUCGCCUAAAAACUCACUGGGCACCCCCAAAAAGGCCAGUAUGGAUACAAGGAUCGUGACUGAGAGCUCCACUACAGGUCUGUCGACAGUUCCAGACUUCUAUGGUGGCGUAUGGCCUGCGGGGGUCAACAGCAGCUACAGCUACAGCACAACCCCCAGCAACCUAAACACAACUUCUACCAUGUACCAAUCAGGCGGGGGAGUUCAGAAAAAUAUCAGCCUCAGCUCGUCCCCUAUGCACGGUGGACUAUCAGUCAACAGUACUGGGACAAAGUACGGUGUUCAGAAUAACCUGACUGUCCCCAGCCCUCCUGUCUUCUCUCCUGUCGGAACCACCACACCAGUCGGUUACGGUGUGCAGAAAAACGUCUCCAUCCCCAGGCCCAGGCCCAGCCACAGCCCCAGCCCCAGCCCUGUAAUUAGCACAACCACAACCACAACCGCAGUGCGGCCCAGCAGUCCCGCCAUCGACGACUCCUUCAGCAACAAAGAUUUCAAGUUUACGAUGAUAGAGAAGGACAACGCUCCUGUCAAGAAGGAGACGGAGCGACUUGUCAUGACCAAAGACACGGGCAAGCAGUUCGUGUCCGCUGCUUCUGCCACACCUGCCAGAUCUGCCAGCGUGGACUACUCUGACGACUCACUGCUGAGAGAGAAACGCAAAUUUGCGGCCGCGACUAUGCAUGAGGAAAGAGACAAUUCAGGGGCAGCCUUCAAAAUGUCCUCAAAAGAAGAUGCUGGCUGUGCAGACAUGUGCAACGACGCCCCCUGCUUCGGUCUGAGCCGCUGCUGCCGCUGCAGCUGGUGGAAGUGGCUGCUGGGCCUCCUGCUCAGCCUGCUCUUCCUCCUCGGUCUCCUCUUCGGACUCAUCGCCCUGAGUGAAGAAGUGAAACGUCUCAGGAAGCGAGUUGAUGCUCUGGAGGCCAUCACCGGCUCUGCGUCGGCGAGGUCCAGUCGCCUCUCUGGCGUCAACAUUGACAACCCCCUGGAGUCCAAAUACACUGACAGGAGUUACUCCAGGUCCAGUUAUGAUAAUGGCAUUGGUUUAGGGGCUGCAGCAGGGGGAUCUGGGGAUCUGCAGAAAACAGUCCAGCAGUUGGUCCAAACUGAACUGCGCUCUGAUGCAUUUAGAGCCUCAAUAAAGGGAACUAAAGGCGACGCUGGAAUUAAAGGGGAUGCAGGCCUUCUCGGGCUAAAAGGUGAUAGUGGAUUCCCUGGGCUGCCAGGUCUUCCUGGUCCAGCUGGAACAGAAGGACCAAGGGGUGCGAAGGGAGUCUCAGGUGUGGACGGCUUUCCAGGACUCGAAGGGAAAACUGGCCCUCGUGGAGAAGCUGGACCACCAGGUUUUGGACAAAAGGGCGAAAAAGGAUCAUCGGGUGAACCAGGUGUUCCUGGACUCUUGGGUCAGAACGGUGUUCCUGGUCUAAAGGGUUCAAAAGGGGAUUCUGGAGUCCGUAGUAAAGGUAUGCCAGGACUUGAUGGGAUCCCGGGCUCUGCUGGACCAAAGGGCUCCAAGGGAAGUGCAGGUUCAGUGGGACCUGCUGGUGCACGAGGACCACCUGGAAUUCCUGGAGAUGAUGGUGUUCCAGGUAUUUCUGGAAUUCCAGGACUGCCUGGUGAUAAAGGUGAAAUGGGUCAGGCUGGUCAAAUCAUUUCAACUCAACAUGGCUCCGGUACUGUGGCCAUCCCUGGACCGCCGGGUCCUGCCGGGCGACCGGGUCCCCCCGGAGCCCCCGGUUUGUCUGGUCCUGCCGGUCCAAGAGGACACCCUGGUGGGACGGGGGACCAGGCUGGUUCCAGCAGAACGAGUUCAAGUUCAAGUAUAAGUUCAAGUUCGAGUUCAGAAACUCUCAGUGCAACACGAACUGGUAGACUGUCUUCAGGGGCUGGAGUUGUGGGACCACCGGGACCUCCAGGACCCCCAGGACUACCUGGUCUCCGAGGUCCUGCUGGUAUUGGAUCACCUGGACCUGCAGGGCCAAAAGGAGACUCUGGCAGUUUUGUCCCCACAUCAGAAACCUUCUUUGGCGGACCACCAGGACCGCCUGGUCCACAGGGUGAGCGAGGACUACGAGGUUUCCAAGGUGAAGCAGGCCAGCCCGGUCUACCAGGAGCAUCAGGUGGUUCAAGAUUUUCCAGCAGCUCCUUCGGGACCUCGUCCGGACAAGGACCCCCGGGUCCUCCUGGACCUCCUGGCCCGCCCGGAAGAGGAUCGAGUGGGUCGAGUUCGCGGGAGAUGCGCGAGUACAUCGCAGAGUACCUUCAAGAUGGAAGCAUUAGGCAGUCUCUGGUGGGGCCUCCUGGGCCUCCAGGUCCUCCCGGGAUUGGAGGGACCUCAGGAGACCAGAUCACGGAGGUCGUGGCAAACCGAGUCAUCGCUUUCAUGCAAAGUCAGGGCGGCGGGUAUGGAGGGUCUUCAAGCUCCUCAGGCUCUUCAAGGUCUUCAAGCUCUUCACGCUCUUCAGGUUCUUCAGGUUCUUCAGGCUCUUUAGGGUCUUCAGGCUCUGUUAGCGUCUCUGUUGAAGGUGGCCCCUUUGCUGCCAGUGACAUCAUCAGUCUUUUACAACGAGAGGAUGUGAAGAAAUAUGUGGCCGGUCCUCCGGGUCCACCGGGGCCCCCCGGAGCUCCCGGUCAAGGUAGUUACAGAUUUAACAUCCAGGAGGUGGCUGACCGUGCUCUCAGUUUAAUGAACGAAAGAGGAAUGGGAGGUGUCCCUGGACCUCCUGGACCUCCUGGGCCUCCUGGCCGUUCUGGAAGUGGGUUUUCCAGUGAGCGUUUCAGUUCUGUUGGCUCUCAAGGGCCUCCUGGUACUCCAGGUCCACCAGGACCACCUGGACCACCAGGAACUGGAAGCUCCAUGAGAUCAGAUAUUCGCGAAUACCUGCAAAGUAAUGCUCUUAGAGGCCUUCCUGGUCCUGCAGGGCCCCCAGGACCUGUUGGUCCCCCCGGUUCGGUCCAGGGACUUUCCUACACCGAUCUUUCCAGCGGCGGGACGAUCAGAUCGGAAAGACGGGAAUAUGUCAGCAGUGACGGAAGAGGAAGCAUGUUCGGUAUGCCUGGUCCGCCAGGACCUCCCGGACCCCCAGGAGACAAGGGAGAUGCAGGUUUACCUGGUGGCAGGACCUGGAACAUGGAUUCUGGAGACUAUUCUAGAAUGGCUAUGAGCGUAACCGACUACAUCAAAUCCAACGGUCUGCUCCGAGAUGUCGUGAGGGACUCUGGUGGCGUCGGCCAAGGUGUCCCGGGACCCCCUGGACCCCCGGGAGCGCCGGGCUCCAGUCAGUGGUUUACUACUCAAGACAACGCUGUGAAUGUGGUUGAAUACAUCAAAUCCCAGGGUCUCCUGCGUGACUAUGGGAGGGAUCAACAUGGAGGAGGAACCAGAGGACUUCCGGGACCUCCAGGACCUCCAGGGUCCACUCGAUGGUUCGGCUCUCAAGGAAACGCCACAGAUCUGGUGGAAUACAUUCGAACCCGCGGCGUCCUACGGGACAUCAUCAGGGACUAUACCAGUCAAAUCUUCCAAGGACCUCAAGGCCCACCGGGACCUCCUGGUCCUUCCAGCCAUGGCCAAGUGUAUGGUUCCCAUGCAAAUUACACCGAUCUUGUGCAAUACCUCCAAACUCACGGUCUGAUUGGUUACGGAGCACGGAGCAACUAUGAACGCACCGGUCAAGGGCCACAAGGACCUCCUGGGCCUCCGGGAGCCCCUGGAUAUAGCCGGGUGUUUGGUUCCCAAGCAAACGUCACAGAUUUAGUGGAAUUCAUUAGGACACACGGAGCUAUUGUUGGAGCAACGGGACCUAAAGGAGAAAGGGGAUACCCAGGUCAAAAGGGAGACAGAGGUGACCGUGGUCCUCCAGGACCCAGCGGUGAGUGGAACCCUUGA